AUGGGGUUGAGGUUUAGUUCUUCCACUCCAACCGUGCUCCUCUACUUUGGCACGCUGGCGUUUCCCUGCUUCGAUGGCUCCUACCUGCCCAAGCAAGAGAGUGAAUUUGUACAUAAAGUCCUUGAAGAGCUGGAUGCCUUCCAGCAGAGAGAUGAUCAGAAAAGCGUCCUACGCUUCCCACCCUUGCCGAGUCGACUGCGGUUUCUGAUCCACAAGACGGCGGAGAAGUUCCCAGAACUGAGCACUUUCUCCGUGGGCGAGGCAUGCAGACGCAGAGUGGCCGUCUGCUACUCCGAGCUCAGGUUGCCGGUGGAGGAGUGCAGCAGUGACACAGACGGGAGUGUGUACGAGCAGCCGUGUGUGAGCAGCAGAGGGAGAGAGAGAAAAUCGCGCUCGGCUCUCGGCAAGGGAAGCAGACGACCGGAUAAAGCCAUUUAUGUCCCCCGCGCUCUGAGACGGUCCGAGUGCGAGACGAGUCUCGGCUCCUCCAGCUGCUCUCUCAGCGUCAGCGUCUCCAAGGAGUCCGGUUCUGACAACACCGACCCUCCACCAGCCAACCACGAGCCUGGAACCGACAGCGCCGACGAAUCGGUGGGCGAGCAGGACGCAACGGUGCACGCUGCAGGGGUGGAGCCUGUGGACUGCCAUCAGACUCUGUCCUAUUUCAUGGCGAUGACUCUGGAGGAAGAAACUAGCAGCGAAGAUGCCUCACAAACGAAUACGUCCUGUCAGAACGCAGAGGAGACGGACGACUACCACCACGAGAUCAUGGCCCAUUUGAAGGAAGAAGCAUCAACGAUAGAAAACGCUCGGAACGAUUACUCCAGCUUCGACGACGUCUGGAUCGAACACGAUGAGUUUGCCCACGUCAUUGAGAUCUACGACUUCCCAUCGAUGUUCAAAACCGAUGACCUGCUGGAUGCUUUCUCAGAGUACAGUGAAGGAGGGAUGAAGAUUAAAUGGGUGGAUAACACUCACGCUCUUGGCAUCUUUUCCAGUGUAUCAGCAGCACAGCAGGCUCUGUCCGUCAGACACCCGCUGCUGAAGACAAGGACGCUGUCCAAGGCCAGUAAAAAGGCCAAAGGCAAAGCAGCAAGACGUGCAGAGUUCCUGCAGCCGGUAAAGGAGCGGCCGCGCACCAAUACAGCUGUAGCACGCAGGAUGGUGACCAGAGCUCUAGGCCUGAGCGCUAAACGCUUCUGAACACCAUUAAGUCAUUAGCCUUGAGCUGUGUGAGCACGUGUGUGAGCGAGAGAGACGAGAGAGACACAGAGACUGCUGGAAAGCAACAAAGUUUCCGUUUGUUUUUCAAGUUGUCUCGCUACACAGAAAAUAUUUGUUUAUUUCAAAUAAAAUCAUGUUGCUUUAUUUUCAUUUAUUUGCCGCCCACUUUACUGAAACCACAGUAAUUGUUCAUGAAUCUUAUGUAGACAUGUUUUAGAUGCGUGCCUUUCUCAUGAAACUUUUUGUCCAUUUUAAACAUGUUCACAUCCCGUAUUGCGUUACACAUUUUCCCCCAGUUUCCACUUGAGACGAGGGCUGAGGGUAAAGGGUUUUUAAUCAUAGGUUAAUCAUGUUAAUAAUGGGUUCUUAGUCAGUAAGAUAAUGAGCCUUUCUGCUUUUACUAGUAAUUAAACAGAAUAAUUUGGCAUGUUUGCUGGCAGGCUGUUGGAAAAAGUCUAUGGUUAGUACCUGAAGAUUGAAAACUAGACGCCUGACUUGUGAGACUAUCAUGAUCUUAAUUACUGUGGACAUCAUAAAGCUGUAAAACAUGCCAUCAUAAUGCAGCUUUACUAUUUGAGUGUAGUUGUUUAUCAAAUAAAAUUGUUUACUGUUGA